AAUUUAAGCGUCGCCCAUGCAUUUAAGCCCGUGCUCGUCCUCUGCAACGGAUCACGCGGCUAUUGUAGCGUGCACACUGGCGCUAACUUUGGGACGAGUGUCUUCGUAUUCGACGCUUCUGGACUAUUUUCGCAUUUCCACCAGCGUGGGCUCAUGAAGUUGAAGGAUGUCGCUCAACGCCUUCCACAGGAGCUCUUCAUGCAGAUCGCCGAACGUCUACUCGAGGCAGUGGGCUCCGAACGAUAUACCUCCGUGCUGAGUGGCAUGGCGCUGGUGUGCCGUGCAUGGGACCAAUUAUGUCGCCCCCGUCGGCUGCAGCUCGUGCGGAUUCUCUGGAUGGCCGACUUCAAACGUUCAUGCGAUAUCUUCGCUCAGAGCUCGGCGCGUACCAGUUUGGUGAAGACGCUGCAAGUCGGCCCCAUCGAUACACCACUGUCAGGCACGGAUAAAGCACCCUCUUUGGAAUUGUUACUCUCAUCGGCGCUGGUCUACUCAAUGCGGAAUAUACAGACGAUUUCAUGGAACGCGCUUGAUCUCGGGUCUGCCAGUCCAAUGGCCGGUGUUACACUCCAGUGUCCCGUUCCGCCUCGCAUUCACGCUGCACUCCCCGCGUUACUCCGCCCAUUAGCGCAGCUUACUACCUUGCGCAUCUCGAACAAGACCUUUAAAUCCCUUGGCUUAUUACUCCGUGCGCUACAUGCGCCACGCGCUCUGCACACACUAAUCCUGGAGAACGUACGCGUGCCCCCAUUAGUGGGCCAGCUACGCUGGCCGAUCUCCGGAUGGUCUACACUGCGUAGAAUCGAACUACGGAGAUCUUUCGUACCAAUAGAAGCGGUUGGCAUGAUAGUACAGCUGGUUUUUAGUCCCCAAGAACUACUGGCCCAUCUAAACACCACAUUGCAAUCUGCGAACGACCAGCCAACCAUGCCAGAACAAAUUAUAACGGUCGUGGCCAAAAUUUUCCGAGUGCUGGUCGCCUCUUAUUUCACCAACCAGAAUGGCGUAUCGCUCGAUAUCACCACAAUGCCCGCAUGCGAGCAGGGUAUGCCCGGCGUUUGCACUGACUUCACGCUUUUGGAUGUACAUCAAUCGGAGCAGAAAGUAUUACUGAAGUGCUCACUGUACAUCUCGUCCGCUCAUGUCCCCGUCCGCUCUAACCGUACGCUUAUCCGCGUGACGUCGACCUUCUAUCGCGGCUUCGCGCCCACUCCAUUGGUGGAGGAUCAUUCGUUCAGAACGCUUCUCAUGGACCUCGACAGCACAAUUUUCGGAUUCGCUGAAACGUAUACACGGGAGCUGCGGAUAGCGACUGACCUGCAGUGCAUAUUACGCUUUCACGGCUUGUACCACGUAAGGGUGGACGAGCUUAGAACAGCUAUUCCACAGUUAAUGCCGCAGAUUGGAAGUCGCGGAAGAAUCCAGGUGGGAAGUGCUGCACCAUCCACUUCAGGCUCUACAGUUGCAAAAUCGGCUGCAAAGUCGCCGGUGCUACCUUCUUCCCUCGUGCAAAGGAUCAUAGACCACCUCGAUGCACACCAUAGCCUUCACACUGCCAGCCUCGUUUGUCGCUCCUGGGUUCCCCUUGCCUCGCCUCACCUCCUACGGCGCGUCACACUCUACUGCACGAAGCGUCUCGACUGGUCGAUGCGGUAUGACAAACGUGAACAGACGUGGCACUGGCACCAGGGCUUCUUUAAACUCGCGGAUCAAUCUGCGCGACUCCGCCGUCAUGUUCGCGAGAUCGCUAUAGCGAUAUCCAGCUCGCCAAUUCCUACCUCAGUCAUUGGGUGCAUUAUCUCUACGUUCUCGCACCUCGAAUACCUCUAUCUCCCCGGAAACAUCCAUCCCACAUCAGGGCCUCCCAUGGCAGCAACGCCGGUGAAGUUCUGCGGCACAUUGCACUUAUCCCGUUGCUCCACCCUCACCUUAUUGGCCUCUAUCUUGCCGGGCUUGUCUUCUGUGCGCUGUCUGCACCUGACCCAGACGUACCAAGGAUCCAGACACGUAAUGCCGCAACUUGUCCCAUUUUCGAUGGCGUCCAUACAGGAACUGAUAUUGCAAGAUAUAUGCGACAUCCAUCUCCUGUUCGGUUUACCUCCUACAGCUUUCAAGAAGCUUACCUUGAUUGGCGUACAAGAUUGGGCUAAGCUUGGUCUCUCUAUCGAUCAACCCGGGAUGCAAGGUCUUCGGGUCAGGGUGGGUUUGCCCCUUAUAUUGGCCCACAGCCCUCGAGCACUUGGAACUUACGAUUCCAGCUGAACGGCUGUUGGAGGGCUAUGCUGACUCCACGUCCGAUAAAAGGCCCCCGGAAGACUUGUGGACAUCCCAGCUGGCACAAGCUGUUUACAACAGUCGAUACAUUCUCAAGGGAUGCGAAGCGUGUGAACAACUCGAAAGCAUUACUCUGGAUUUUUCCGCGCCUGACGGAGGCGGAGACCAGUUAACAUUGAGACAUCUACUGCGGUCGCCGGAAUUCCGAGAAUGUGUAGUGGCACAACUACAACUUCCAGCAGGUCUGAACGGGAUGGUUGUGUUCAAAUAGCAGAUUAUACAUGGUGUGUUAUAAAUCAUCUACGAGAGAAAGAGCGGUGUCACGCGCGAGAAAAGAGGAUCGGGACGGGAUAAUACUACACCCACGUAGCCAGCCGAAGGUCAGCAGUAGACGGCGCUCGAUGGAAGAGAUAUAGAGGAUCCACUUUACGAAACGUAUUGUAUCAAAAGAGCUGAUUCAACAGCAUGAACGGCUUCGGUACAUCUGUAGACAGACACGCUACGGAUGCGCCCAAAUGACAAGGUAUCCGUUUAGCAGAGUCUUCGGGGAUACGAUGAAGCAUUGUCAGCAAUCACGAGCCUCCUAGCAGUCACACGAAAUAUGUACGUCUCCUGGCAAAGUU